UAAUGUUCUAUAAGAUCUCCUUCCUUCUACAAAAAUUUAAUUUCCUUUUCCUUUUGGCAUCUUGUUUUAUAGGUUUUGUUCUCCAUUCUCUUUGCUCAUAGUCUGGUUAGAGAUGUCAACAGAAGAUCAAGAAAUUUGUUGCCAUGUGACUCCACUGGACGAAGUUGAAGCAGAAGAUGAUUCUUUUUCCUGCCAUAUGUUCUCGAUAGAGGUUGUAGCCACCUUCAUGCCUCCGCUGGAUGAUUCAGCAAUGGAGGAAGAAGAAUUGGAGCUUUAUGAUGAGGAGUGUGACGUGAUCCAGGACAGAUUCCUAGUUGAACGAAACAAGUUGUUUUGCCCAGAAACAUCCGUGUCAACUAUACAUCAAAUUCUUCUUGACAUGGACAUCCCUGUUCAGCCAUACAUGGUGGAUAGGAUAUUAGGGUUUGCUCGUCAAAUGGCAAGCAAUAAACGCUAUAUGGGUCGAAAGGUUCUGCACAUGAGGGUAGAAAUUGAUGUUCCUCCUGGUUUUGAGGCAAUGGAUACUGAAGGCGAUGGAGAUGAUGAUGAUCUAUCGUCACGCUUAGUGCCCGCAACCAAGACAGCAAUUGAGGCUUUGGAGAUAAUCAAAAUUGAAGAUUCGACAGAACACUGUAUGAUUUGUUUGGAGGAGCUACUGAUUGGAUCAGAGGUGACUCGGAUGCCUUGCUCCCAUCUUUAUCACAGUGGGUGCAUUCUUAAUUGGUUAGAAAAGAGCAGAGCUUGUCCAUUGUGCAGGUUUGAAAUUGCCUAGUUGGGAAUCACAGAGAUAGCGACUAGUCUAGUAGACAUGUAUAUUUUU